UGCAGUUCAAAUGGGACUGCCGCCAAUAACCGAAAUCGGACCAGCUCUCAAAGGAUUCAAGGAUGUCAAAGCUGGCGAUGUUCUUAAACUGCUGGCUAAAGUUGGACUUACAGACUUACAGAAGACACUUCAAGGUGCUCUGGACAUGUUAGAGGACCUAUUAGGUGGAGGCAGAUGUGUCGCAACAGAAACAAUAGAUGACAAAUCAAUGAAACUGGCAUUGGCGGUGAGAGGAAAAGAAAUAAAUGGCUCUCGUGCGGUUCGAAUCGCGAAGUACAAGGCUCCCGAUGAUGCGUGUUUCCAUCUACACGAAAGUCUGCCUGGAGGGGUGGCGUGUUCGUUUAAGCACGGCUGUAACGAAGUACGGUGCUGUGUUGAGCUCGUCUUUGUCGUUAUCCGUCGGGUUUUCGAAGCAAAAGUCCACCUAGACCCCUGUACCACUCUUUUCACCCUGAACAUUGGACCAUUUGAAAGAACCUGGAAUAUGACAAAAGUUAGAGUAGCGGAAAAAUAUGGUGGGCCUCUUGUAUCCAACCUAGGAGUUAUGGAUCCAGUGUCAGUCUCUUUCCGAUACGUCAUCCUCAAAACUUAUAGAAACAAUCUUUUUACUUUUGAUCUGGAUGUGUCGGUGUGUAACAAACUGAAAUGCCAGGAGUGGACAACAGUCUUCAAACAAUUAACAUUUGAUCUGAAUAAAGGCGCAGAGUUUUGCGAAUCUCUGAGAUCAGGCUCGAAAGCAGCUGCACCAACUACUAGAGCUGCAUUAGACAUGGCUGCCCUAAAAGGAAAGACGCUUCAACAAAUCAAGGAACUGGUGGAAAUAAAGAAUGUUGACGGGGUUAACAUGGCCGCUCUCAUGACGGAUCUCCGCACAGCGUAUCUGGAACUGGUUAUGUUGGCGAUGAACAACAUUCUUGGAAAACUGGCUUCUGGACAGUUUAACAGCUUUGACGUGUGCAUGCGCGGAGAGAAAUUGUUUGGUCCAAACGACAAGCAGUUCUUGAGGCUUGAAUUCAAUUUCAUGGUUGGACCAAUUCCUCUGAAAUUCAUUUUUAUCGCAGGAGGAACUUGGUCAUUGAAAGCUGGGGUCAAUCUCUGUUUCAUGACUAUGAAAGCCACGGGAACGGCCACCCCUCAGCUUGGGGCUUAUGUGUCUGGAGAACUUUCCAUCAACCUCUUCCUCUUCCGGGCUGGGCUGAAGUUGAUUGGUUAUCUACUGACAACCAAGUUCUACAAGGCAGAGGUUGGCUUCAGCAAGUUUCCCCUGGAUAUUGCUGUUCGAAUGGAUCUUGAGUUCAUACCUCUCCGACUGGAACUCCACGUCAUCCUGAAAUUGACCAUAAACCUUCUGUUUACACAAAUCGAGGAGGUCAUCAUCCAAGAGUUGCUGUGGUCAUAUCAGACUCCAACCAUCACAGCAAACAUCUUCAACACCUUCAGCAAGGAGAAGGACGAGUCACCUCCUGAAUUCAAGAGUUACUCUGCACCGCAACCCGCAAGCGGUGUGGCAAGACGAGCGCCUGCAUCAAGUCACUGCACGGUGUACCAGGUUAAAGAGCGCGACUACACCGAGCCGGCGUUCCAGCUGGCCAUUGCCGUGGAUGAUGACAAAAGCGAGGUGGAAGUAAAGUACUGCAUCGGCAAGUUUCAAGGAGGAUGUGACUUGGCCUUGGACAACGACUUGGGUGGCCCAUCGUCCAUUGUUGAUCAGGUUCUACCCGAGCGUAUCCCCCUGUUCUUCACCGUCAAAGCUACCAAUUCAGCAGGCGCUACGGCCAGUGUGACCUGCGGACUGGACUUCUAUGACAUGACCCCUCCCGCAGGCAGGGUAAACCCAGAUUUUCUCACCACCAGUAACCCCAACGUGUUAAAGGCUACUGGGAUGGCAGUGGAUGAAACACCUCUGGUGGAGAAAAAGGAGGGCAUUGGCUUUGGCCGUGGAAUCUUUGGUGACCAGACCUUCCCGUGGGCAGAUGUUCAAGACGAGACAGACCUGGGGAGAUCUGCAAUAGUAGCAAAGAACAGUGAUCCAAACGCUGAGCUUGUCGCUCUUACCAAGUUCACAUCUCCUCAGCUUGGCAAGCUGAUGUCCAAACCAAUCCAAGUUGCAGAGGGAUACACGAGUCCUGGGAAAUGUGCCGCGGACUGCUUGGCGCUUCCGCCGCUGGUGUGCUACAGCUUCAACUACGACUAUGGCGAGAGUGGGAAGUGUGAGCUCUUGCAGGAAGUAGAAGGCUAUGGAGUGCUGCUGCAUGUCGCUGGGCAUUACCACUAUUUUGAACGACUGGGGAUUGGCAAGGCUGUUACUUUUGAUCACAGGGAUCUUGAGUUGGAGCACAACCAGAUGUACUACUUCAACUACCAUCUGAAAAAUGACCUUGGCUACAGCAGUAUCCUGACCUCUCGACCGGUGAAGGUUGACUUUACCCCAGUCAGCCCCGGACCCAUACAGAAUGCACACUAUGAUGAAACUGUCAAGGAGCCGUGUCAUGAACUUCUCCCUGACAAGUGGGAGAACAGAUGUGUGGAUGAAUCGAACCUGCCAAACCACAGGUACAUCAUUGAUGGAGAGGGGUCUGCCACUGUUUUCAACGGCCACACUCCAUUUGAAGACCUUCUGUACACACGUGCCAACCAGUAUGUGUCGGCAAACUGGGAUGGUUUCCAUGACAAUGAAACAGGGAUCUAUGGCUACACCUGGUCUGUGGGAACAGAGAAGUGUUUGGAGAACAUCCAUCCUCACAAGGACCCCCAUGGUCACCUGUUUGAUGAGUCAGAAUGGACACAUACUGGACUGGCUCACCCUCUGGACCUCCCUGAUGCACUUUACUUUGUGACUGUCCGUGGCAUAAACAAAGUUGAGUACGGCGGACCACUUGCUACAACCGUUUGCCACUCAGUUCCAUAUGCCAUCGACAACACGGAGCCUUUCAUCAAUGAAGUGCAUGAAAUGUUGUACAAUGACCAGACCUACGUCAUAUCAGCAUCAUACAAUGUCAGUGAUCCCCUUUCUGGUAUUGAGCUGAUGCACAUCGGACUUGGCAAGAGUAAAAGGGACACGUACCUCCUGGAUUGGUUCCUGUAUGAGGACACCGAAAAAUGUAACUUCACCUUCCAGAUCCCAGAUGGUGUGCCAACCUGGUUACGUAUCCGUGCAGUCAACCAUGUUGAUCUGCGAACCACCGGUCACGGCCCGUACCCAAUCAUGAUCGACAUGACACACCCUCUGGCUGGCGAAAUUUACGAUGGGAAAAGUCACGGGCGACAAGUGAACUACACGGCCACUCAGAAUGAGUACUGCUCCAACUGGGACAACUUCCAGGAUCCAGACACGGGCAUAGCUGACUACUUGUGGGGUGUAGGAUCAUCUCCCGGAGACGAUGAUAUUGUGGAGUUCAAACGUCUUAACCACUUUGUCUUUUUGCACUGCGACAACUCCGUGAACCUAACUCACAAUGCAACAUACUAUUCAACACUGUAUGCUUUCAACCGAGGGCAUAAACGUCUCAAUGUAUCAGCAACCACAGUAGGAAUAAUGGUGGACCUUACCCCACCUGUGGGUGGAUUUCUGGAGGAUGGAGAUGUUGUGGGAGAGGACAUUACCUUCUCCUCAGACCCUGCUACUGUGGCCGGACACUGGGGAAACUUCUCAGACCCAGAGUCUGGCUUAAAGGACUACACCAUCUCGGUGGUCAGGAAAUCAAAGAACCAAGGAGCUAACAUGACCGGAGAUGAGGUCAUUCACGAGAGUGAGUCGGUCGGAAUGACCACGAGUUUCCGCUGGCACCAUUUCCACCUUCACCAGGGAGACCAGGUGUUUGUGAACCUUGCUGUCACCAACAGGGCUCUGGGAGUAACAACCCUACAGUCAGACGGGUUUGUACUCGACCUGACUCCACCUGUCCUGAAUUACCUUCGUGAUGGCCUGGACCCUGACAAAGAUGCACAGUAUUCUUCAAGCACGACAGAGUUGUCAGCCAACUGGAACUUUGUGGAUGAAGAAACAGGAGUGUCCCACAUCGAGCUACAGGCGUACCAGACAUACGGAGGGACAAAGAUACCAUUGGGAAGCCUUGUUUCUCUUGAUGGAGAGACGAAGAACUGGACGUCAACCGAACCUCUGAGUCUGAAUAUCGGUGCCCUCUACACCGUCAAAGUACACGCCAUCAACGCAGCUGGACUAACAGCAGUUCAUGAGACUGACGGUGUUCUGGUUGACCCUACACCUCCUCGGAUGCUGUACGUCCAUGCUGGAGUCCUGUCCGGAGAUGAAGAGCUGACCAACGGAUUCGUGGUCAUCACGGACGCAGGGAUCCUGACGGCCAGUUGGAUGGCGGUGGAUGGGGAGAGUGGAAUCGAUGCCUACUGGAUAGGACUGGGAACUACGUCUGGAGGAGAUGAUGUGGUGGCAUUCUAUGAUGCUGGUCCAGGAACAGACGUCAUUCUGACAGAGCUUCCUGUCCAACUUUUUGAAAACGGGGCCCCGAUCUACUACCUCUCUGUCAAGGCACAGAACGGUGCUGGGGCUUACUCUACUACAAUAACAGCAAGUCCAAUUAAGGUUGUGCGAGCUGACGUUAGUGGACUAGUGUUUGAUGGUGCUGGAUCCAGCGAUCUGACAGCUCCAACAACAGACAUCAACUACCAGCUGGAAGCCACAACAGUUAGUCUGCAGUUUGAAGGCUACGAGAGCGCUCAACACGGCAUCAUUGGCUACGAGUGGGGAGUGGGGACCACUCCUGGUGCAGAUGACAUCCAGCCUUUCACAGACACGGGGAUUGUGGCAUUUGACGACAAACCUGGGAGUGGAGUUGCGCAGCUUCCACUGCCUCUCUCCUCGUCCACUCAAUACUUCUCCAGCGUCCGGGCAAUAACUGGAGCAUUGAACAUCCUAGAGUCGACAUCAGAUGGCUUCGGCGUCGACCAAUCGGCUCCUAGCGUUUCGAUCGUCUCAGUUGGCGAGGAUGAGGACGAUUCUGGAAACGAGAAGCCACUGGGACGUGAUACAGUUUACCAGGCGAUAAACGCCGGCAGCUUGGCCGCAGAAUGGAACGUCGGAGACAACGAGAGCGCUAUCGCCGCGGCGUGGUUUGCUAUUGGGUUCACGCCGGUCAGUAGUGACCUGUACAACGUCACCAACGCAGAGAAGAGAACCAGCCUGGCAGCUGGCCUGCUGACACCCUCGGCUGAUGGCACUCCAAACGUGGUCACUGUAACUGCAAUGAACAAUGUUGGGCUGGUAGCCUCAGAUGUUUCUCCUCCGGUUGCUUUUGACGAUAAUCCACCAGAACGUGUGACUGUUGCAUGUCCUAAGCACAUAUCCGGUGAAGUGGCAUUCACGUGUAGCUGGGACGGCAUCAAUGACCAGGAGAGCGGUGUACAACAUUUCAUCUUCAGCAUGGGCCUCAACGAAACUGACACUUCUGUCUUCAAACCCACCACUUUCUACCCACCAACAACUUCCGUCAGCAUCAAAGACUUGAAUGAGACUUUUCUGGCACAUGGUACGAAACUCUACGCCACCGUGACUGCUGUGAACGGAGCCAACCUUCAGAGUAUCAGCUACUCCAACGUCAUUCUUGUUGAUGCCACUCCACCAGUUCCCGGAGUCGUUGUUGAAGUCAGUGACAAUGUGACUGACACUCUUUGCAGUACCGAAGCUGAAUGCCUUGCGAGGGAUGUGACAUGCCAGACAUCUGUAGACCAUGUCCAUGUUGUCUGGGAGCCAUUUGUGGACCCUGACUCAGGUCUUAUAAGGUAUGAAAUUGCCCUCGGGACAGCCUCUGGCCGAGCAGACCUGCGGUAUUUCACUGAUGUGCCCUUGGGCGAGACGUCCUACAUCUUCAACCCCAUUGACCUUCUCAGCGUGCCCCAGGUCUUCGCGACCAUCCGGGGCUACAAUGGCGCCGGGCGGUUCGCCAUUGCACGGUCAGACGGCGUGUACAUCAGCAGGAUAUCUGCCGGGCUGGCGGCUUUGGAGCCGCAAUAUGUGCAUGAUGGGAAAUGGCCUGGCAUAGACAGGGACUUUACGGAUGUGACUGAUGAGUUGUCAGCCAGAUGGAGCUUUGGUGACCCUUGUCCCAUGAUGCAUUACAACUGGUCCAUACACCGCAUGGAUGGUGUGGAGGUUCAGCCCUUUGCCACCCUUCCAGGAGACCAGACUUUUGGUGAAAACAGCAACAUCAAAGCCAGAGAUGGAGAGGGGUAUUUCGUCAUUGUGCAAGCGAUGAACCAACUCGGCGACAACUUUGUUCUCCGGUCCAACGGAAUCAGAAUCAAGCUGGAGCCUCUCAGACCCGGGAUAGUCAGAGAUGGGGCGAUCGCAGUACUGGACCAGAACUACCAAAUUUCCAACACAACGCUUUCAGCAACCUGGGACCGGUUUGGCAACGACAUCUUCUCACCUGAAGUCUCAAAUGGAAACGAAAGGGAGGAUUUGUUGAUCAACAAGCAUCAAACCAUUGAUCACUAUGAAGUGGCAGUGGGAACAGAUCGUCGCUAUGUCAGCACCAGAAGCAACAUACACCCCUUCACUAGUGUGGGCAAAAACCGCACCAUGACACUGCACAACUUAGAUAUGAUAUCCGGCGGUACGUACUUCGUCACCGUACGGGCCUUCAGUAUAUCCUACACCAGAGCUGAGGUGACUUCAAACGGAAUCAAAGUUGGAGUGGAGUCUAAAAUCAUCUCACAUGGAAGACUUCUACUCGAAAGGUUCAUAGGUUCUACCUCCUUUGUGACGUUCUCGUGGGACAGUUUUGAGUUUUCCCUGCCGAUCUACAACUACUACUGGGGCAUAGGAACAGUGGAGUUCCAUAAGGAGAAUGUUACAUGCCCAGAAAUGCACCAAUUUGAUGAAAGCGGUGCGUUGUCAAAUUCCUACGCCAACUUCUUUGACCUACACGAGUUCACCGACAUCAACAAGGAUUCCUUGGUUGACCUUGUCAACCAGACCUUGGAGCACAAGGGCACAUACUACGUGACCGUCAUGGCCUCUGAUGAAAGUCUGCAGUGUGAUAUUGUCACUGCUCCUUUUACUGUGGACAUUACCCCACCCAAGAAAGGGAGGGUGGACGUUGGUCCAUUUAUAAACGUGCCUCUUCAAUACACAAAUCGAAGUGAUGAAGUGUUUGUAUCCUGGGAUGGUUUCUAUGACGAUGAGAGUGACAUGCUUGAGUACCAGGUAACGUUGUUGGGGCCGGAGCAGUGCAGGAAUAUGUAUCACAACGCCCCGCAACUGACCGACCCUGUCACUGUCAACGCCACCUACAGCAACUACACCAUGGUGGAUCUGUUUCUUGAAGAAAAAGUGGUCUACUUUGUCCAACUGAAAGGCACCAACCAUGCCACAGGCUCCACCACAGUGACGUCAUCCCCAGUGUUGAUUGACCCCCGUGACCCCAUACCUGGGGAUAUCGUUGACGGAGACUCGUUCAAACGCGAUGUCUCUCACCAGAGUUCCCUCACACACCUUCACGGAACCUUUACCGUGUAUCAUGGCCUGGAGCCGUACCAGUGCUCGUACAACCAUCACGACCUGGACGCACCAACUGAAAGAUGGAGUCCAGUAACAUCACAGGGUGUCUGGGGAACUUCAAUAGAGGCAUCUCGCAUCAGGUUUGCCCCUGAACAGCUGUCUUUUGAAGAGGAUGAUGGCCUGACAGUGACUAUGGUUCGAGACGUGCGAGCGGAAAGGAUGAUUUCUGGCGGCUACAUGACGGUUCUGAAUCAUGAAGGACCAGGAACCUUUGAGAUUGAAAUAGUGGCUGCAGGCAACGAUUCUAUUACGUCUAUGAUAUUCUGGGACGGUCCGACGGGAGUUGUUGGCGGGUUUGAGGCCCCAGACGAGCCUCCAGAACGAGACGAAAACUCGACAACAGUCGCCCCGACAACCACCGCGGCACCCACGCAGAACCCCUGGCAGAUCGUCAACGAAGAGUCGGAGGAAUCGUCUGAUGAGAAGGCUGCACUACGUCGCUUGCCAUACACUGGACUUGGCAUGGAUAUUUUAACUGGGGAAGUGACAGAAGGAAACACCACCCGGACAGAAUACUACGCACUUCUGUGGGCACGCGUCCUGAACGAGCCAUCAGCUUUGCAGUUUGAGAAAAUAGAGCUGGGGUUCGAUGCAUCGGAGGCCUGGCACACUUACGGUCUGAAAUACGUAGUGGACAGGACUGAUGCAACACAGGAACUAUGGGGUAUUGAGCUACACGUUGACGGAGUGUACAUUACAACUGUUACGGGUAUCCCCGCCCCCAACCCGGCUACCAUGAUGAUUCUGUCUCUCAGAACCAAGGGAGGAGCAGUGACUGACGUCCAGGAUAAAUUCAACCCACCAACUGUGAAGGCACACUUCAGGAACCUCAAGACCCCUCCAUCACUCGACCAGGUGUGUCGAUACGGCACUCCAUUCCAAGAUGGCAGCACCACCAUUUUGAAAAUAUUUGCUGGUGUUGGUACAACGAAGGGGGCAGAUGAUGUUGAGCCAUUCUUUGAGGUUGAGGAUCUGUGCAUCCCAUGUAAGGACCGCUGCAGUACGUACAACUGUGACGUGAGCUGCGUGGUGGAUGAGAUAACCGUUCACACCGUCUUCAUCAACAACCUGAACCUGUCCACUCACAUGCUCAUCGAAGAAGACAACGCCACCGUCUCCGUGCCUGCUCUCUACUACGUCUCAGUUAAAGCCAAACCAGGAUCUGGUCGUUUUGUUGUGUCCUCAUCGGAUGGAGUAUACGUAGAUGCAACUCCGCCAGUUUUUGAGAAAUUGUUCCACGUGGACCUUUCCUGGUCUGAGACUGAACCAGUUUCGUUCCAAGGCAGCAACAGCACCAUUGCCAUUAAGUGGGAGGCAUAUGACAUAGAGAGUAAGAUCGUUGAGUAUUUCUGGGCCAUUGGUACUGAAAAUGGUACUAACAACAUCCAAGACUUUGUGUCUGUUGGGUUGGAGACCAAAGCCAACAACAGUGAUCUGGAAGGUAUUCUUCAACCGCACAUGACCUACUACGCAACUGUCAUGGCUGUGAAUGCAGCAGGAUUGAACUCAACAAAUACCACAGAAGGCAUAACCCUCAUUGAGGAAAGUCCGGCACCAGACAAGAAUGCGACUGUUGGAGUUCCGGGGUGCGAAGACGGCAUCUGUCCUGGCGCGAGUUCGUCUGUCGGAGUGGCCUUGCCCAAGUUUAAAAAGGAAGACGGGAUCACUGGAAUCUAUUUGAGCAUAGGCAGUUCAGAAGUGUUGGAAGACAUCAUCCCGGAGACUCGGGUCGGCUACAAUGAGUCCGGCACGGUGUUAGUCCAAGACGGAAAGAUUUUCUUCAACGAUCGGGUCGUGGCCAACAUCUCUGACCUGGGAGACCUCUCCGAUCCAAACGCUGAGAAGAAGGACAGUUUCAACAUGGAACCUGGCAGGAAGAUGUUUGUGAAAGUGAAGGCGUGUAAUAAAGCCCACAAAUGCAUCGUUGUGGACACGCAGGCCAUCACUGUUUCAAGGGAUGGUGAUGAAGUAGCGAAGGCUAGCCCUGAUGGUGAAGUGUCGAUGACACUUGGUGCCCCGGGCACAAAAAGGUCUGCAGGAGGACAGGGAAUCUCUAUUGUGGCUGAAGGUGUGGCCCCGGGUGAUGGUCUGCUGGCAGGCAUGUUGAACGCAGAGGAUGAAGAACAGGAGUACUCCUCUGGUGCUUCCAAGGACUUCACUCCCUUCAUUGUCAGCCCGUUCAAAACUAUAAACCAAACGGAAAGAAUCCUGAACGGAAGGUUGCUGACAGUACAGGAGAGUUUCUUCGUCAGUCUCCUCCAUGAGAAGCCGCUGUCAGGCCCGCUGGAGAUCACCCUCCCACUCAACUCUGAACAGUUUCCUGAAGGCACUCUGCCUGCACUGCUGUUCUGGAACACAGACCCUCCACAGUGGAUGGAUGCCUCCACUACCUGCCCGAGUUCUUACGUCUCAGAGUAUGAUGAGGAAAAGAGCUUGUUAAGUGUGAAAGUUUGUUCCACACACCCCAUCACAGAAAAAUCCAGCAAAAAGCGGCGCCGCCGUUCCAGCGAUCCGCUGUACUUCUCAGGCUCCUCGCAGUUCACCCUGUUUUCUAUCGACAAGAACAUCAGAAACUCUGCUCCCGUGGUCACCAGCCCUUCAUCAACAUGGAUGCCGGAAGAUGCAGGAACUCUUAAGGCUCAGCUGCAGGCUACAGACGAAGAAGGAGAUGAGUUGCUUUUCUUUUUGGACACUGCAACUGUAGAAAGUAUUUCGGGCCGCGCGGUGAUGAGUCCAGAGGGAGUGCUGCAGUAUACGCCAUGCCUACACUGUCACGGACAGGAUCAAAUCGACUACAUCGUCCGAGAGAAGCUUACCGGUCAGUCCGAGGCGCUGGAGGUUCGGGGGAGCCUUACAAUCGACGUGCGGUCGACAAAUGACGACCCGGAUCUCGCCUUCCUGGAAGCUGGUGUGAACGUCGUUUCCGUUCGCGGCACGUUAGAGUACAACCCCUUAAAGCUUCCACUCAAGCAGGGCAGCCAACGCGAUCUUGUUUUCUGGAUGUAUGACGUCGAUCAACCAGACAUUUCAGACGACCUGAACUUCCAAUUCACAGAACCAACCUACGGUGAUCUUCAGUUCGGCCCAGUGUGUAAGGACGUCACAUUCCAGUCCGUAUCUUGUGAAACAGGGGAUAUCAAAGAUUUAGUAACUCUUAGUGAAUCUGAUGACACCUGCACCGCGUGCAGCCCAAGCAACCUGAACAACACCGGAUCCAAGGGAAGAGACGACCUCUCGUGGAUACUAACCAGGCUGACAUAUACUGCCAGAGACGAGUCUUUCAUGGAAAAUUCUUUGUUUGCGAAGGACUCGUUCACCAUCCAAGGCACAGAUGCGAAUGACGGAGUGUCGAAGACCCUGCCAGUCCACAUGUUGGUACUCCAAGAGUGCAAGAAUGGCGGAACCUGCGUCGGGCCUGCUGAAGACCCAACGUGCGCCAAUGCUGAAGUGGCCGCUGACUUAGACGGCUACUACUGUGACUGUACAGACGGCUACCUGGGAGCUCUCUGUCAUCUAGAGUUUAUCCCGUGCCCAGAGCCGAUAGCCCCCGAUGACGGAUAUGUCAGCACCAACACCAACAACUCUGACACCUACCUCAACAAGGACGUGGUGGAGUUCGGGUGUGACGUGGGGUUCUGGCUGAAGGGAGACUCCGCACACAUGUGUCAGUGGGACGGCACCUGGAACAGCACCACUCCUACCUGCGAAAUUGUGCAGUGUCCAACGAUCCCAAAUCCAGAAAACGGUGAAAUCAUCCCGCCUGGUCCCAAGUUCUACGAUGAUGUUGCCACCUUCUCCUGUGACGAGGGAUACUGGAUGGAUGGCUCCUCACUCCCCCUGUACUGUGAUGCUCAGGGCAACUGGAACGGCACUGCUCCUAAAUGUCCCCCUGUCCCCUGCCCACCAGAUAUAGUACCAGGAAAUGGAACCAUGACUCCUCCUGGUCUCAAGUACUACCCGGAUGUGGCCAACUUUGACUGUGCAGAGGGAUUCGAACUGGAUGGUGCUGCUCAACUCACCUGCCAAGCUGACGGCACCUGGGAUUAUGACGGCCCUUCUUGUGCCCCCGUCCCCUGCCCAGAGUUGCCGCCUCCAGUCAACGGCCGUGCCAUCUACACCGGCCUGGGUCCUUACUUCAUGGAGAACGUCACCUUCACCUGCACCCUGGGAUAUGUGCCGGUCGGGGAGUCGGAGUACACCUGCCAGGCUAACGGCACCUGGAGCGGCAACGGCACGGUGCCUUACUGCAAGAUUGCACAGUGCCCAACAUUGAUGGCUCCAAACCAAGGCACCAUCAGUCCUGGUGGUGAAAGUUUCUACCUGGCCGAACAGACGUUCACCUGUGAGGCAGGACUCAUCCUGGUCGGCCAUUCUACAAUCACCUGUACAGGUGACGAGUCAUGGUCUCAACCUCCGCCCAAAUGCAAACGAUGUAGGGAUCAGUUCAAGUUCCCGGGGAAAAACUUCCAUAUCUUCGAGCACCGCUGCUACUGGUUCUCACGCAGACGGGAUCUUCUGUCAUACCCGGAGGCUUCUCAGUACUGCGAGGGCGGCCAGGGGAACCUUGUUUCCCUCAAGACCAAGGCAGAAUCAGACUUCGUCACUCGUGUCCUCAAAGGGUUCCGCAUGCGAAGGAACUGGUGGAUCGGUCUGGAUGACAAUGAGUCCGAGUCUUACUUCACCUGGAAAGAUGGUACAAAUUUGGAGGACGGUGACUUCACCAACUGGAAGUCUCCACCCAGACGUCAUAAGAGACGUGACUGCGUACUGAUUCAUCGUAAGCGUCUGCAGUGGGUGCUGGUCUCAUGUGGCGGAGGCAGAAAUGGCUACAUCUGUGAGAUGGAGGACACCAAGCUGAACUGAAUGAUCCCAUGAGAAGCUGGAUGUUACUGUUGAGAACAGCCGUGUGCAGUGACUGACAUACAUAUAAUAACAUCGUCAACCAGUUUAUCAGCUUAGUAACUAUAUCAUUGACUUAUUUCAAACACGCAAUUCAAAACACAAUACUUAACAAGUACAUCACCAUCACUUGGCAGCCACUAAGACUGAAUUGUGUGAUUUAGAGCAUUUAGGAUCUGUAACAUUUAUGAUUUAUAAAUGUUGUUCAUCGGGUCUUGUAAGGUGUCAGUAUAUUGUUAAUUGAUAUAUAGCUUUAUACAUAUAUCAUAUAUCUAGAGAGAGAGAGUAUAUAAUCAUAAAUUUUACUUAGAGUGAGAUGUUUUGUUAGACAUCUUAUUUAGUGUUCUGAUUGGUGUUUGUUUAUCACAAGGUUGAUGGUGAAGUGCCACAGGGAUGUUUAGUAAAAUAAACGUACAAUUUGAAGAUCAGCACCAAGGACAGGGUCAAUCAUAUCACUUGUGGCACUUCAUCUUCAACUUUUUAAAUUGAUUGAUUGUCUAAUUUACUACUAUUCCUUUCUCAACAUCAGUUUUCUUUCUCUGUAUCAACUCUGCCACUUCCCCCUGAUUUGUUCUCAAAUAGGCUGCAAUAGUUUCCAUUCCAAUACCUCUUAUAGUUACUCAUAAUAUCAACGUUAGAUACCAUUUAGUAUUUUACUGGUGGCAACAAGUAAUAUUGUUAGGAGACUAGGAGACUACUUUUUGUUCAGAACUUUCUAAAGUCAACAGUUAGUUUGAGUAUAAUUGGUGGUUAUGUAAGAUGAUCACACAAAAAAAAGAUAUUGUUAUGAUUUAGACACUGGUGUAUAAUGCAUGCUUAAUUACCAACCGUAUAGAGGAAAAUAUGACAGUAUCAUAUAACUGGAUUACAUUGUUUUGAAUUGGAUACAUUUUUUUCAUAUUUUCAUAUCAAAUCUUGGAGACAAUACACCCAGGCUUGAGACAUGAGAGCAAUAUAUAGAUGUACAGUCAUGUACCAAUAACAUUCAUGAACAGCAUUCAAGAACAGGCCAUCACAUCAAAACAAUCCAUAAAAAACUGCCAAAUGUGAAGAAGCCAUGUCACAGGCCACACUUUAAUAGUUACCUCUUUCAGUCAUAGUGGAUACAAUAAAGGGAUAUCAAAUGAAUCACUAUAUAUACUUAAUGUAACAUGCUAACUUGGUGAAUAAAAUGAGGAUGAAAAAAUCAUGUU